GCAGGGGCCGGCGGUUGCCAAAGACAUGGGCCAGGCCGGAGAGCGGCGGCGCGGAGCGUGGCGGCUCUCGGGCGGGGAGAGGGAGAGAGAAGGAGGCAAAAUGGCGGCGGCGGCGGUUGACGUCGCCGCGGUGAAACUGCGAGUGGGCUCCGAAGUGAGGGUCACAGUGGAUCACAUCAUCGAGGACGCGCUGGUGGUCUCCCUGCGCUUCGAGGAGAAACUCUUCUCAGGGGUUUUAAUGGACGUUUCUAGAAGGUUUGGUCCAUAUGGAAUUCCUGUGACUGUGCUGCCAAAAAGGGAAUACAAGAAUAAAGCUGACUGGCUGCAUCUUCAGCAUGAUCCAUUCCAGCAGAGUUCUAAACCUCCAGGUACUUGCUGUGAAGAGCCAUCUCAGGUACCCACCACAGAAGCUAGUGUGGCUGAAAGCCUGUGGACUACACCUGCACCAUUAUUUUAUGACGGGGUGCCCUAUCCUCCUCCUCUGUUUAUCAGAGAUACAUAUAACCAGUCUAUACCUCAACCCCCUCCAAGAAAGAUUAAGCGACCUAAGCGGAAAAUGUAUCGAGAAGAGUCUACUUCCAUAAUGAACUCUAUUAAACUUAGACCAAGGCAGGUGCUAUGUGACCGCUGCAAAAAUAGCAUUGCUACAGACAAAAAAGAAAUGAAAAGGGGUGGCAGCACAAACGACUCUACUCGAAAUGAAGAUAACAAGAAACGGAAAAAUGAUAGUAUGCCCACCGUGUCCAAAAGACUGAAAACAGACCAGAAAGUGGAAGGGAAAACCUUGUGUGAUAGCCACAAGCGAAAUGCUAUUAUCAAAAUUCCAAAUCUGCCUCCUGGCAAGGGCAAAGUAGUUAAAAUGUCUCAAGGACACAAUUCUAAAGUGCAGUUGAAUCCUAAAAAAGUACUGCAUAAUAAGAAUGCAGAACACAUGAAAGCCAGGGAAGUGUUGAAAAUGGCCAAAGAGAAAGUCCAAAGGAAACGGCAGCGGGAAGUUACCUCUUCCGGUAAUACCAUUCCAAAAGUUCAUUUCACACGGCGCUUUCAAACCACAAAUUCUGGCUCUCUUCCUCCGCGGAUUCGCUUAAAGCCGCAACGAUACAGGAAUGAAGAAAAUGAUGCUGCUUACAAGGCUGAACUUGAGAGAGUACGCAACUACAAGACAGCCUCCAAAUCACCGCCUAGCUGCACCUCCUCCCGUUCAGCAGGUGAGCAGCCUUCUGAAAAAGAUAGUCCCACAAAAGGGUUGGAACAGUCCACCACUGAUGAGAAUAAAGACACCAGGGAAAUAAAAUGGCCUUGUGAGCAGGAUGAAAAGCAGUUGGGGAAAAGGGGCAGCAGAGGCAAUAUAACUGUUUAUAUGACCUACAGUCAAAAUAAAUCUGACUCUUCCACCUUUUCAGUUUGUAGUAGUGAUAGCGCAGAUGAUCUAAAAUCCUCCAACUCAGAAUGUAGUUCUACUGAAACGUUUGACUUUCCUCCAGGCAGCAUGCAUGUACCUUCCUCCUCUUCUUCCUCCUCAAAAGAAGAGAAAAAACUCAAUAAUUCCUUGAAAGUGAAAAUCUUUACCAAAAAUGUCUCUAAAUGUGUGACUGCAGAUGGCAAGACCAUAUGUGUAGGGGACAUUGUUUGGGCCAAGAUUUACGGCUUCCCCUGGUGGCCGGCCCGCAUCCUUACUAUAACUGUUAGCCGGAAAGAUAAUGGCCUUUUAGUAAGGCAGGAGGCCAGAAUUUCAUGGUUUGGGUCCCCAACAACUUCUUUCCUGGCUCUUUCUCAAGUCUCCCCAUUUUUAGAAAACUUCCAGUCACGGUUUAACAAGAAGAGAAAAGGUCUUUACCGUAAGGCCAUCACAGAGGCAGCCAAGGCUGCAAAGCAGCUGACACCUGAGGUGCGGUCCCUGCUGACACAGUUUGAAACAUGAAAACAUCAAAGAAGCCCGACGACACUAAGGUACUGGCUGCUGUUUCCCCCUGAAAUCCACUACACUGUCACUUGUU